AUGUCGCGAGGAUCUGAUUUUUCUUUCAUCCACAUGAAAAAUCCUCACCAUAUCAUAUACAUGCAAGAAUGGUCUCGAGACAUCCUACCCUACGAUGACAUUGAGCUCAGUGAACGCUAUCUUCACGAACUAUCCAAUGAUACCCCUGAUUCACACCUAUAUCGAGAAAACAACGGUGCCAGCUUACAGUCAGGCGCAUUUGGCUCAUCAAUUAAUAACAAAACCCACCAAAAAAGACUAAAGGAAUAUUCAUGGAAGGAUUUGGAUUUAAAACGGUUCCUCACAGAAAACCACUCAUCAAAAAUGAAAAAGGAUAGUGAUAAUGACGAAGGUUUCCAUAAUCUUCAUGAAAAUUUGAAACAAGGUGAAGGAGGAAGCAAGCUGUCAUGGAGAUUCAACCGUGGUGAGCCCAUUGACAAUUCCUUUGGUGGUAUCCAUAUCGUCAGCCAUGAUCAUACAAUCUUAGAAACUGUACAAAAGAAAUACACCAAUGAUGAUUUCAGCUCGAUGAACCUGAUGAAUAGAAUAUUGGAGCAUACGACUGAUUUCUCCUUGAAUAGUAGUCCAAACACCACCAACACCACAACUACAUCUUUGUCGCGAAAUACCAAUAGAUUAACAGUUUCAGACCAGGGCCCACCAGUUGUACCACAAAAUAAUAUAUUCAACACACCUUGA